AUGGGCCUUUUGAAGGCCGCAAGCAAGACACCUAUGAAGUGCCUGCUCGCCCUCCUAGCGAUCCUGUCAGUACUCAAACUCGGUCGAUCAGACGCACAUUGGGAUGUGGGUGACUCUGUCCUUUCGCAGACAUCGUAUUUGCAGCGGCGCGACCUGCUCCAGGGCGGUGCGGCCCAGGUCACGGUGUGCACGGCGCUCGCCGCCGGCUUCGUGGAGCGCACGGGCGUCGACCCGGCGUCGACGACACCUGCCGCCACCUCCGAUGGGCCGCUCACGCCCACCGAGUUCAAGAGCCGGUACAGCGGCGUCUCCGUGGACACAAUCGACGCGGUCAUCGGCCAGCAGCUCUCGCGGGCGUACACCGUCCUCGUGUACGCCAAGCCGGAGGACGCCCUGGUGCGCACGCGCUCGGGCGCGGCCCGCACGUGCGACGUCGCGCUCGGCGCCUUCUCCCGCACGGCCGCGCGCGAGCGCUGCGGCGCGCAGUGCCAGCCGUGGACCGCGGGCACCUCCGCGGACGAGGCCCAGGUGUGCUGCCUGGACUUCGGACACCCCCACUUUGAAAGCGGGGUCUCCAUCGUCUCCCGGUACUCGAUCGACUCGGGCGAGUCCGGGCUCACGGCCGUCAUCGCGCGCGUGUACGAGGCGGAGCUCGUGAACGCCCUCUGCGUCACCUUCAUGGCCGUCCUCGUCACGGGGCACCUCCUGUGGUACAUCGAGUCGCGCGUGCAGCCGCAGGCGUUCGACCCGCGGUACUUCCACGGGAUCGACGAGGGCAUCUGGCUCGCGAUGGUCACGCUCACGACCGUCGGGUACGGCGACUUCGCGCCCGUGUCCAACCUCGGCCGCCUCGUGGCCUCGGUGUGGAUGAUCCUCGGCCUGCUCUUCCUCUCCUCGCUGUCCGGCAUCCUCGCGGCGUCCUACUUCGAGUCCGCCACGGCAGGCCGGUUCUACCGCAACCUCGGCGACCUCGCCGGCCGCACCGUCUGCACCUCGUCCGGGACCUACCAGGCGCUGCUGAGCCAGAUCGGCAACGCGGGCGUGACCACCGCGGCCACGCCGGCGGCGUGCAUCACCCGCGUGGUCGCGGGGGAGUCCGAGGCCGCGCUCGUGGACCAGCCCAUCGCGAUCUCGCUCUUCGAGGACGGCCUCGGCGAGGGGCUCGCGGCAUCGCAGCAGAUCUGGCCGGGGGACUUCGCGCCGGCGUUCCCGCAGGGAUCGACGCUGCGCGACUCGGUCAACGUCGCGGUGCUGGAGUACGUCGAGGGGGCGAGCACGGCGACGCCGCGGUUCCGGGACUCGCUGGCGCAGUACUUCCCCGGGGGGCGUCUGGACCGGGCGCUGCUGUCCGACCUGGGCGACGUGGACGUGCAGCGGGACGAGAGCUACGACUGGGUCCUGAUCAGCCUGACCCUGGCCGCGAUCGGGUUCUACCUCACGUUGUACCUCAUCGUGUGGGGCGUCAAGCGGCGGGCGCGCAAGCUGAAGGAGGCCGCGAAGAGAGCGAGGCGCGAGGAGAAGGAGCGGCUGAAGGCGGAGAAGGCCAAGGGGGGCUCGCCCAGCAUGGACCGGACGGCGAGCAUGGCCACGACGAUAGGCGGCGACGAGGGCCUGCAGACUGGCCGGGGGGGUCUGUUCGGAUCGAAGGCCGUGUCGCGCCCGGCUUCCCGCAAGGACGUCCGCCAGGUUAAGCGCGACAUCUCGCAGGGUGCCGAGAAGCUCGUCACGGGCGCACUGUCAAAGCUGAUCUACAUGCCAGGCGAGGAGGGCGAUCCUUCCGGCUCCGACUCCGACUCCGAUUCCGACGAAUCCCCGGCGGACAAGGCUGGGAACAAAGACGAGACAAACGCGCGGGACAGCCACGGGUCGAAGACGCCGCGGCAGCGGCCUGACAGCGGCGUGUCUGCGGCGCGGAGCGGCGUGACGGACACGGACCGCGCGAAGCCGUACGAGGUGUCUGCCAGCCCGGUGCCAGGCGGCAAAGAGAGUCCGGUGCCCCGGCCGCGCUCAGCGGCGCCGGGGCGGGAGGCUGCCGGCAGCCCGAACGGCGAGGACUGGGAUAGCGCCGGCGUGAGCGGGCCGCUCGGGCGCACCAUCAGCAUCAAGGAGACGCUCCGGCCGAUGUCUUCGCGGUCGCGGAUGGACGUUGCGGCGGCCCAGGACACUCCGCGGGACACGGCGCCCGAAGGCACGAGCGUGCAGAUCAGCACGAAUCCAAUGUCCCUCGAUACGCCGCGCGAGCCGGCGCAGGAGGAUACGCCGCGCGGGCCGGCGCAGGACGGGCACGGGCCGUCGAAGCGCGCGCCGGUGCAGUCGGUCCUCAAGAGCUUGAAGCCCCCGCAGGAGACGCAAGAGGUGGUCCCGCUGGCUGACGUGUCGAAACGGAGGUCGACGAAGGACACGGGCGGCGUCAAGGUCGAGGAAAAGAAGGCCGCGGGCGUGGUGUCGGCGGUGUGGCCGGGGGCGUCCGCGCCCGGUGCGCAGAGCGGCGCUGCACAGGACGCUGCGCCUGCGCCGACGGGGCGGUCGCGGUGGGAGCGUGCGCGGAUCGGGCUGACGAAGAAGGGCGUGUUCGCGUCCGGGUCGGCGGCGCGCGGGCCGCAGUGGUCGCAGCUCGUCGCGGCGCUCCACGACAAGGUGUCGGCGCCACCCAAGUUGGGGGUGCCCACUUGGGAGCGGUUCCGCGAGGGCGACGCGCGCGCGGCGGCGGAGAUGAACGACGCGGAGAUCGCACGCGCGGAGGCCGAGCUGGAGCGCGCACAGACGAGCCGGUCGGACCUGGCGGAGGAGCCGAGUGCGGCUGGGACGCGCGCAGGGCUCUCAUCACGCGAGCUCGGGCGCUCGGUCGCGUCCUUCAAGGGCAAGCUCGACGCGAUACCGAAGUUCGACGUCCCCGAAGACGCGCCCGAGAACCAGCAUCGACUGGCCGCGCGCAUGGCGAUCCACCGCACGGCCUCGAUCCUCGAGGCCACGACGGAGGGGCUCGAGGCCAUGAUGCAGGACCAAAACGUCCGGCACGAGGACACCGUGGCGCUGAUGGAUCGCAUGGGCAACUUCGUGUCGUCCUCCGUCGGCACACUCGCAGCGCUGCAACGCAGCCUCCAGGAGCAGGUUGCGGGGUCCGCGGACGUCCUGCGUGGGCUGCAGGAGCUCGCGUUCGACCAGCAGGUCAACUACAUGGAACAGUUGCGGCAGCUGACGGUCAAAUUGCAUGAGGACGCGCUGAAGAAGCAGAUGGCCUUCAUGCGGCAGGCGUUCCUACAGAGCGCGCGGGACUCGCGCCGGCGCGAGCUCAAGCAGAACGUGCUGCUGCGGGGCGUGCUGACAGUGCAAGAGGCACUGAUGAAGGACAACGAGGACCUCGAGCGUCUCAAGGACAUGCUGGACGACAUCAGGAAGAUCGAUCCCGAGGCCGUCGAGGACUGGGAGCCCCGCGGCGUGAUGUUUGAGCAGGCGGGGGCGGCGCCCGAUGAAGGGGCGCGGAAUUCGCUCGCCGAGGACCAGGGCGCGGCGCUGGAGCGCAUGCAAACGAAGGCGAAGUCGAACGUCUUCGGGCGCAAGGCGAUCUCCGCUAUCGACGAAGAAGAGGGCGGCGCAGGCGUGGCGGAGCAGCCGCCCUCGCGUCUGGCACGAAAGUCGGCGCAGCGCAAGUCGGCGCAAGAGAAGUCGGCGCGGGAGAAGUCGGCGCGGGAGAAGUCGGCGCGGGAGAAGUCGGCGCGGGAGAAAUAG